AUGGAUGAUGUACAAAUCGAAGAAGCACUCAGUGCUUCAGAUUUUUCAAUCUCGGCGAGUGAGUCUAACAGUGAUGGCGAUGUUGUAAUAACUAAUGAUGAAUCCUAUGAAUCAGAUACAUCAUCAUCAAAGUGCAUAGUCUUAGAAACAAAUAAAAAUGCAGAACAAUAUUUAAAAAGCAAUAGGAUUUCUCGUACAAGUCGAUAUAAGAAAUGGGAGCUAGUCACAUCAGACAUAAUGAUGAAAUUUUUUGGAUUAUUACUUUGGAUGGGGAUUGUCAAAUAUCCAUCUAUUUCGGAUUAUUGGAUUAAAGCUGAUAGGUAUGCAAAUAUAGUAGCUCCAAAAGUGAUGAGCAGAAACAAAGGAAGAUUACAUUUUCGACAAUAUAUUCCGAGCAAACGUCAUCGGUAUGGUGUAAAACUAUUUAAAGUUUGUGGUGUAAACGGUUUCACGUACAAAAUAAUUAUUUAUGAGGGAAAUCAGUCUAUUGCUGGUCAAGCUUUAGGUGAAACGAUUGUAUUAUCAUUAUGUGAAAAAUAUUUAGAUAAUGCUAGAACAAUUGUAACUGAUAACUUUUAUACAUCUGUUCCACUUGCUAAAAAACUUUUAUCAAAAAAAACUCAUCUUGUUGGAACGUUAAGAAAAAAUCGUCGUUACUUACAAAAAAAAGUGACAACACAAAAACUUAAAAAGGGAGAAAUAAUUGGUCAAGAAAACAAGGAUGGAGUUGUCGUGUUAAAAUUCUAA